CCCCCCCCCCCCGCCCCCCCCCCCCCCCCCCCCCCCCCCCCCCCCAAAGGCACGGCGCCGCCUCCCCGCUGAACGCCGUGAGCUCUCUGCGGCCAUCCAGACAUGACCAUCGAUUGCCUCGUGCUAGGGGCGGGGCAGGAGGUGGGGAAGAGCUGCGUGGUGGUGACCAUCGGCGGGAAGCGUGUCAUGUUCGACUGCGGCAUGCACAUGGGCCACCACGACCAUCAACGCUACCCGGACUUCGCACGCAUCCUUGCCGCCACCCCCGGCGCCGACUUCACCUCUGCCAUCUCUUGUGUGGUCAUCACGCACUUCCAUUUGGAUCAUAUUGGGGCGCUGCCGUAUUUCACCGAGGUCUGUGGGUACCACGGUCCGAUUUACAUGACGUACCCUACAAAGGCUUUAGCUCCAUUGAUGCUGGAAGAUUAUAGGAAAGUAAUGGUAGAUCACAGGGGAGAGGAGGAACAGUAUAGCUAUGAAGACAUUCAGAACUGUAUGAAGAAAGUCAUACCCUUGGACUUGAAGCAAACCAUUCAAGUAGAUAGAGAACUUGUGAUCCGUGCCUAUUAUGCUGGACAUGUUUUGGGAGCUGCAAUGAUUUAUGCAAAAGUUGGAGAUGCUGCUUUGGUCUACACCGGGGAUUACAAUAUGACACCAGACAGACAUCUCGGAGCAGCGCAAAUUGAUCAUCUGAAGUUGGAUCUCUUAAUAACGGAGUCUACAUACGCUAAAACUGUACGCGACUCAAAGCAUGCCCGUGAGAGAGAGUUCUUAAAAGCGGUCCACAAAUGUGUUUCUGGAGGAGGUAAAGUUCUGAUUCCAGCAUUUGCUUUGGGCAGAGCUCAGGAGCUAUGCAUAUUACUGGAUGACUAUUGGGAAAGGAUGAACUUGAAGAUUCCUAUUUAUUUCUCAGCUGGUUUAACCAUUCAAGCUAACAUGUACUACAAGAUGCUUAUUGGAUGGACUAGCCAGAAGAUCAAGGACAGCUACACAGUUCACAACCCAUUCGACUUUAAGCAUGUUUGCGACUUCCAGCGUUCAUUCAUUAAUGAUCCUGGACCCUGUGUACUUUUUGCGACACCUGGUAUGAUUAGCGGUGGAUUUUCCCUUGAGGUGUUCAAAAGAUGGGCUCCAUCAGAAAAAAAUCUGGUUACACUUCCAGGAUAUUGUGUUGCCGGAACCAUUGGCCAUAAAUUGAUGUCUGGAAAACCAACCAGAAUCGAUUUAGACAAGGAAACACAUAUUGAUGUCAGAUGUCAGAUUCAUCAGCUGUCAUUCAGUCCUCACACAGACUCCAAAGGGAUCAUGGAUCUCACAGAAUUUCUUUCACCCAGCCAUGUGAUUCUUGUUCAUGGCGAAAAGCCUCAGAUGUCCUUUUUGAAGGAGAGGAUUGAAUCUGAACUGGGGAUGCCAUGCUAUUACCCAGCUAACAACGAGACUGUCUCCAUUCCGACGACCAAGAAUCUGAAAAUAAGCGCCACGGACAAGUUUAUCGCAAGCUGUAGCACUUCUCAGGCUAGAGAUAGUACACAGAAGUCGAAUCUGAUUUGUGGUAACCACCUGUCAGGAGCCAACGGCGACGAGAAGCUAGCGGAGGGCAUUCUUCUGAUGGAGAAGAGCAAGGACGCGAAAAUUUUGUGCGAGGAUGAGCUUCUUCAGUUGCUGGGCGCAGAAGGACAUUCACUCCAAUUUGAACCACUGCUUCACUCCAGGAUUGGAGAGGCAGAAACCGACAUUGUAGAUGAUUUAGCCAGUGAGUGAAAUGACUGGAUACUGUUUUAGCUUUAGUGGAUGAUCUGAAGAUAGAAUUAGUGUUUGCUUGCACCUCAUGUUGGCUUUGAACCUCAAGUGCCAAUCGAACAUGCUGCAAAAUUUAACAGUUCGAUGGUUUUAUAAGGA